GUGUCACCGGGUAUAGAUACAAGCAGAUAUAUACAAGUUGUUACCUCGACCUCGACCUGUCAAAUUGACAGCAAAAGUAUGUUUCAGUGUGCUUGCCAAUAUUAAGAUUACAAAAUCUCUUUUAAUUAAUCGCAAAGUGCUAAUUAUGUGUAUUAAAGAAAUAUGAUAUUUGUAAGUCACUUGUUCAAUCGUAAAUCACGUUUAGAAGUCGUUCAAGUUUCUUCUAGCUAUAAGCAUUAACCCACAACUCAAAGCAUUUUAAACCAGCGUCUUCCGCCAUGAACACAUAUAACAGAACUGGACCAGGUAUAUCAGGAAAUGCUUUCGAUUGUUGGGUACAGAGAACCAAUAUGCACGACGAUUCUGCAAUUACAAAGAUGCAACAUCAGUUCUGGGUUACAAAGCAAGCCUUAUCACGAAAGUUAGGGAAAAAGGAAGACGAAUGUAUAGUAGCAUCCGACGCGGAAUUGGAUGCCAAGCUAGAAUUAUUCCGUAGCAUACAAGAGUCUUGCUCUUACUUACAAAGAGUUAUCGACAAAUAUCAAGAACGAUUAUGCAACCUUGCACAGGAAGAAAAUGCGAUGGGACGGUUCCUUAAAGAUGCCGGUAAACAAGACAAAACUAGAGCUGGCAAGAUGAUGUCGGCAGUUGGGAAGUCGUUAUCUUAUUCCGGUCAACAAAGACUUGCGCUAAGAGCUCCGCUAGGUCGAUUGUACCAGGAAGUAGAAACAUUUAGACAGAGAGCAAUCGAAGACACAUUACAAAAUGUUCAAGCGAUGGAGAAGGCUCGUACGGAAUACAGAGCAGCUUUGUCAUGGAUGAAGAAUGUUUCUCAAGAAUUAGAUCCCGAUACAUCGAAACAAUUGGAAAGAUUUCGCAAAGUUCAAACACGCGUCAGACAAGGCAAGAUAGCAUUCGAUAACUUGGCCUUGGAUUGUCUUCAGAAAGUAGAUUUACUAGCAGCAGCAAGAUGCAACAUGUUCAGUCAUGCUCUAGUUUUGUACCAAAGCACACUUUUAAAUUUCACCAAAAAAUCGGCACAAGCAUACUCUACGAUAGCGAGCAGUUUCAAAGGCUAUCAACGAUACGAUUUUAUGGUUGUAAAAGAACUUGCCGAACCUUCGAGUAAAUUGGCUCAAGAAACUGGAGGUGACGAUGAUCCUGACGAUAAAGACAAAUUACCGUUUUUUGACAUGGAUUAUCACGAUAGCGUAGAAGAAGCCGAAGAAGUAAAGCCUACUACGCACAGCUCGUUUGAAACGAACGAACAAGAUGAAAAAUUAUUGGAUAUCGAAUGCGACACAAAGAAUAUGCUGGAUUUGGAAGAUUUAGAUAUUAAUUCCAGUUCUUCAAAAAAUGGAAUCAUUCCGCCCACUUCUAAUAUAGAACACAAAGAAGAUCUCAAUCAACUUUUUGACAAUCUAGUUUUAGAUAAUAAUGUGUCUCCUAACAGAGAACAAUCGAUACAUACAAAUUUUGAACAAACUCUGGGAAUGGAUAUAUUUAACAAAUCUGAUACGAAUUUUAAUUUGAGGAAACUGCCUUCCUUAGAAGUACAAGAUCAAGGCGAACAAUCUCUGCAAUCCCUUACGUCUGAAAAUAUAGCUCUUUUAAAUGACAUUCUCAGCGAUAAACAAAGCUUUGGUAACGAAUGGGAGGUAUUAUCCACCGACACUUUUUUACCACCAAAUAUCUUAAAACAAAGCUUAGGUGAUGCAACGCUUGGUGUUGGACAAAAAAGCAUACCUACUACUAAUAUAGAUGACAAAAAAACAAGUAAGACUGGGAAACAAAAGGGUAAUUCCUGGUUGGACUUAUUCGCUGAAUUGGAUCCAUUAGCUAACAACCCAAUGGAGAAACUUUCCAGCGAUAGCAAUGUAUCUGCUUAAUUUUUUAAAGCGCUUACAUAAUAUUACCAUGAUACGUGAUUAGUUGCAAUUUAUGGCAACAAUCAGAAGAGACGAAGAGUUUAUUUUUAUCAAACAGGAUAAUGUUCACAGUAUUAUCCAAUCCGUACAUUUACAUUGAUAUUUCGUAUUUAUUAUUUGAAACAUAACAUUCCGAGUUUGUUAGACUUAAUUAAUGAAACUAGUAAGAAAAUGAUAAGAAUCAAAAAUAUUUAAAUUACGCAAGUAUCUUUUCAAACUCCAUACCAAAGAUGUGAAAUUUGAUAGUUUGUAAACGUGUGCUAGUCAAAUACUUCUUUUAAAUACAUUAAAAAUUAAAACCAUUAUUUCAUGAUAA